GGUGUGGGUGUGGGGUGUGGGUGUGGGUGUGGGUGUGGGUGUGGGUGGGUGUGGGUGUGUGGGGUGGGUGUGGGUGUGGGUGUGUGGGUGUGGGUGGGGUGUCGAUGUGGGUGUGGGGUGUGGGUGUGGGUGGGUGUGUGUGGCUGUGGGUGUGGGUGGGUGGGUGUGUGGCUGUGGGUGGGUGUGGGUGGGUGUGGUGGUGGGGGUGGGUUGUGUGGGUGUCGGUAAUCUGUUCAUCCAUACGAACACUCACACCCACCCACCCACACGCACACCCACACUCCCAUCCAUACCCCACACGCACACCCACACUCCCAUUCAUACCCCACACUCACACCCACCCACACCCUACCAGGAUAUGGUCAACAAAAUGUAUCACAUGUACCAUGUCGAAGUCAAAUAGUUCCACUUAAUGUAUUUAAAUAUCAUUUAUGACAUCAUCAUUGUGUUUAUAAUAAGUUGGCACAAAAACCAGUUAAUGGUUUUAAAGAAAUUCGAGCAAAAAAUGAUAUUGCUUUGGCUCCACUAAUUCCAUCAACAUGA